GGUUGUUCAACCCCCAAAGGGUCGAGACCCACGGGUUGAGAACCACUGCUGUAGGCACUGCGGGAUGCCUGCCCUACCCUGCUGGAAUGGGAAACUGGGGAGCCUCCCCUCGACCUCCCGCUGGGGGAUCUCAGCAGCAAGGUUGGGGUGCUCUGGGCCAUCCCCAUGGGUAAAGGGGGUUUGCCCUUGAUGAUGAGCUGCUUCAGAGAAGGAGCCCGUUGCUGGCGAGUCGGUUCAGGCUCAUCACGACGGGCCCUGCACUUAGACGAUGAUGCUCCUUAUAAAACACUGGAGAGUCUUUCAACUGACCAGCGCUGCUUCUGCGUGGUUUCCAGCCUUGGGAACCCAAGGGAGCAUCGACUAUGUCCUGACGGGUGGCUGUGAGUCAGGAUCAACUCAAUGGCAGACAAGGCCAGAGCCCCCCACUCGGCUCACCAUGGUGUUUUUCACCUGCGACGCGUGCGGUGAGUCGGUGAAGAAGGGGCAGGUGGAGAAGCACGUGGCCGCCUGCAGGAGCUGCCGGUGCCUGUCGUGCAUGGACUGCGGGAAGGAUUUCUGGUGAGCUCGCAGCCCACGCGCCGGCAGAGGCAGGGGAGUUUGAGGAAAAGGACGGUUAAAAAGGCCGUCUGUGGGCCACAAAGUUAACGAGUUGAUGAAAAGACCCAACGUCAGUCCCAAAGUGAGGGAGCUUCUCGGACAGAUUCGUGGCUUUGACAACAUCCCAAGGAAAAAGGCAAAAUUUCAGAACUGGAUGAAGAACAGCUUAAAGAUUCACAACGCCAUGCUCCUGGAGCAGGUGUGGGAUAUCUUCGCCGAAGCGUCCAUGAACCUUGUGCCCGACCGCUCAGGGGAAGCCGACUGUAAAAAGAAAAAGAUAAAGCUGCCCGAGCCCCCGGAGCAAGAGGUCACCCCCGUGAAAGCGGCAGGUAAAUUCAACUGGAAGGGGACUAUCAAAGCAGUUCUGAAACAAGCCCCCGACAACGAGAUCGCCGUGAAGAAGCUCAAGAAGAAGGUGCUGGCCCAGUACUACAGCGUGGCGAGCGAGCAGCACAGGUCGGAAGAGGAGCUGCUGGUCAUUUUUAACAAGAAAAUCAGCAAGAACCCUGCCUUCAGGGUGCUGAAGGACAAGGUGAAGCUUCUGAAAUGAACACGUUCGCAUUCCAGAAACGAGUCCUGCCCGUCACCCGCCUCCCUCACCAGUUAGGAGGCAUGAUGAAUUCUCACGGCCCACCAUUUGCUUCCCCAAACUGUAUUUUUUAAGUUAAAGAAGAUAUCUAUGUGUGUAUAUUUUUGGUAGAACUUUUAUGAGAGAAUAAAAUAUA